AAAGAAAAACAAAGUACGUGUGAUAAAAAUUUCGGUGCUGUUUUUCCGGAAAAAUAAUAGCAACUGACUAGUUCUGAUGAUGGCAUGUUAAUGUGCGAUCAAGAACAGAUAAAACGAUGAAUAAUUUGAAAGCACCGUCUUUACACUCGCUGCUAGAUUCGGAUCAUGGUUCAAAUGACAGUCUGCUUGCCGAAUCACUGCAGCUUGAUAUAGAGGAGCUGGACGAUGAAGAGUAUUCCCUACCGGUUGUUGAUCAAUUACCGACGCUGGAAAGUGUCCUAAGUGAGAUUGAUAGUGAUUUGGAUAGUGCUUCUGCCCUGGGAAGAUGCAUCGUGGAUGGUGCUUCGACAACUUCCGGAGCCACAGCGAGCGAUUAUGUUCGUGGAGAUUUGGGAUCAACACCCACUCCAUCGCUAUGCGACGAUUACAUGCGAAUGGAAUCGAUACUACGGCAUGUUGUGCUGUUAGGGGUAACCGCACAGCUUACAUCUGCCGUCGAUCGAGUUGAUGCUGGACUGGCUACAUCUUGCACGGUUUCCCGAAUGAUUGCCGUUGGUACCUCUCACGGACAUAUCCUAGCGUUUGAGUGUACGCAAACUUUGAAAUGGUGCUGCCAGGAUGGAAUCUCUCAAGGGGCCGUUUCGGCACUGGCUUUCAACGAGGAUAACACAAGAUUGCUGGCUGGAUUUGCCAGAGGGAGUAUUCUUAUGAUCGAUACGCUUACAGGGGAUGUUAUUCGAACCUUGAACGAAGUUAUCACUCCGAAUACGGGAGUGUUGCAUUUGAAGUGGACUAAUAAACCGGCCCUGGCGUUGUGCUCCGAUUCGGGUGGUUCGGUAUGGAGUUUGAGUUUUACCAGACGGCUUGGGAUACGAGGCUGUGAUUCACGCUGUCUGUUCAGUGGUGCCCGUGGAGAAGUUUGUACAAUAGAACCAUUGUUGCUUGGUGACGAAGAACAUUCCUUGAAAAAUUAUACCCUCGUUGCAUUGGCCACGUUGAGUAAGUUUUUCGUCGUGAUGAUCCGACCCAGACUGAAAGUGGUCAAAUUUCAUCCGAUGGCUAGCUAUCCGGAUUGCUUACCAUUAUUGGCCUGGCAAAUGGUUCUAAUUCAAGCGGCCGAUUCAUCUCGGACCGUUGAUCCCGUCCUGGCUGCCGCACGAGGAGCUGAUCUUUACUUCCAUCAAAUUAGUUACUGCAGUGGUCGAAUUUCACUAAUUUUUCUAAGACACAUCCAGCUUAAUUAUAGACUGUUGGCACUGCAUUGGCUUGGGCCAAAAACGAUUGCCUGCAUGGACACAAUGGAAGUAUUGCAUCUAUCGGAUGUGCGAACCAACAAAGAACUAGAAUCGAUCGAGUUGACCAACGUUGGUCUGAUGUACAAUUCGGCCCAGUUCAAAGGUUUAGCCACCGGAGGCAAUGUCAGUCCUGCACUUGCCCUAGCCGGUGGCUCGGCUUGUUACAACACGGUAGUCUCUCAUGGGAAUCAGCUUUAUUUGCUUGCAGGAAAAAGUAUGCACGCAGUCAGCGCAAGGGCCUGGAGUGAUCGGAUAUCAUAUUUGACUUCGAUGCAACGAUGGGACGAAGCGAUCGAACUGGCCGUGGAAGGCUACAGGGCAGCGGCUGGUAGACAUCGACGUCAAACGGUGGCGAAAGAAAGGAUUCUUCGCAUGUUCGAUGAAUACUUAGCGUCCACAAGGAAAACACCCGAUGUUUGCCUGGAAGCGAUGGUGGCCUGUUUGAUCGAGAUCAAUGAAAAGAAUCCUCUAUGGCAGGAUUUGUACGACCGUCUAGCAACGCCGGAUCAAUAUUUGAUCAUCAUAGCGAAACACAUUGAAAACGAUGAGCUGGAUUCGAUCGCUCCGGCGGUGGCUCAAGUGUUGUGCGAUUUAUUCUGGCGUAAACGGUUCAUCGCACGAUUGGAAAAUUUGAUACUCAAACUCGACUGGCAAUGUUUGGAUUUGCAUCAGGUACUAACGAUCUGCAGGAAGGAGAAAAUGUACCGAGCACAGAUGUAUCUCAACACGAAAGCGCUGGGUGAUUAUACCGUAUCACUGACCGAUCUGAUUCCUCUGAUAAACGACAAUAACGAAGACGACCCGCAUCACCUGGGGAACUGCCUGCUGGUGUACGUAUCCAGUUGUCUCGCUGGACGGGGCUAUCCCACCGGGGAUAUUACACCGGAGAUGAUUGCCACGGUGAAACACGAGGUUUUGCGCUGUCUCACCGUAGUACACUCGAAACUAGCUUCCGAAGGAGAACUACCGUAUCCUUAUUUGCGCACACUUUUGAAUUUUGAUACUAGAGAAACGUUAAACGUAAUUUCGCUUGCAUUCCAGGAGAAAGAAUUCAACGGUGAGCUUGGUCUUUCCCAGCGCCAGCGAAUCAUUAAUAUUCUGAUAGAGAUUCUAACUCCUGAGUAUGCCACCUGGUCACAGAUUGGCUGUCUGCUGAAUUUCAUUGCCCAACAAAUAGCAACCCGACUGCUGCCGGAAAAUGAUUUACUACUAGAAAGAGUGGUUACCUAUUUGACCAGGCAAAGUCAUGAGAGGGAAGAUGCGGGAAUGUCCCGAAGAGAACAUUCCGAACAGGAACAAACCUGGCUUGAGUUGUUACGUUCCAAUUGUCUCAGUCACAUCUCGAAUGAAGAAUUGUUACGAAUUUCACGCCAAAGCAAGUGCUACCGAGUAACGGAGUUUAUUUUGGAAGAAUUAGGUCAAUAUGAGGAAAUAUUUGACUGUUACCUUUUGGACGAAUUUAGAUAUAACGAGUUAUUUUCGUACAUCUCCCAGUACUGGGAGGAUUCGAGAAGACAAAUUUUGCCUUUACUAAAGCGGAACUUCAAGCGUAUUCUGGAUAUCAACGUCGAACAAACAACCAGAAUUAUAACUGAGCUGUUCAUGAGACAUCUGAAUAACUUUCUGGAACUGCUAGUGGACACACCCGAGAAAUUGUUUCUGUUUCUCAGACAACUUUUGAAACAAUCGGUUCAGCUUGAAACACGAGAUUGUGAAAAAUACCUGCAGCUUUUGUGCCAGUAUCAACCGGAAGAAGUGAUCGAAUUUUUGAAAUCGAAUGACUCCUACCGGUUGGAUUUCGCUGUCAGCACUAUUAGAAGUCAUGGCAUGAGCACAGCGUUGAUAUAUUUGUACGAGAAGCAAGGUGAUUAUCAGUCGGCAUACGAAAUUGCAGUGGAAGCACUGAAAGAUGCCCCGGAGAGUACUGCCGAGAUGUGUGCCCUACAGGUUUCCGGUCUAUGUAUUCGCGCUUCCGCACUACUUUCAGAGGCGGAACGUGAAGAGCUUUGGUUUUCUUUGCUAAAGAUUGUGCUCUCCCGAAGUGAUUUGACUCAGAUAACGAAAAACAUUCUCACCUCGGCCAGCGAGUUUGUCGAUCUGGCUAAGCUGGUCCAACUGGUACUGACAUCGGGAACAAAAACCGGUAAUUUCGGUGAUAUUAAGCAUGUUCUCAUCGGCAUGCUAUCAAACUCGGCCUACGAAACCGUUUUGCUAGAGACGACUUCUCGCAUUCUCGGUAAAGAUUUGCACUCGGUUCUUCAACGGGAUCUACGAUUCGCUCGGAAAGGUCUCUGCGUGAAAUCGAUCAAGUGCAUCAUUUGCCGAUCGAAGCUGUACAAUGCUUCAAAGGAUCCCAUCGUUGUGUUUGGAAAUUGUGGUCACGCACUUCACCAGGAUUGUGCCAGUCGUUUCUGUACGACGACCGUAGAAUCGCCUGCCAGUCAAACCAACAAUUCGACCAAACUGAGAUGCCCCCGUUGUGAUACCGUCAUAAGCGAACGGGAAUCAGUGAAAACUUCCGAAUGCCGUUAUGAUCGAAGAAUGAAUCGAACUGUGCGCGGUGACGACGCCGAGGUGCUCAAAGUCAGUGCUCCACCUCGGAUCGGACUGUGAGCCGGUUGGUAGGUUCGAUAGUGACUGCUUUUUGUUUUCACGCUUGUAUCUCUGUACUGAUUUCGUCGGAGAGUCCGACCAUAAACCCGAAUGCCAUUUCAGCUCCGUUCGUGGUAAGCUUUUUAGAUUAUUCCUCUUAUCUAUAAUAUUUCGGUGUCAAAUUACACUUUAAAUGAUUUAGGUAUGUUUAAUAUUUUUAACAAACUUGAUUAAAUGGAGAAAAAAACAUGCUUGAAUCACAAGUUUUGUUGUAUAGUCCAAACAGUUUAUGCUACUAUUACUAUUAUUUAUUGGAUCCUCUGAACUGUAUACUUGUAAACACUAUAUGUGACAUUCAACUAAUAGGCAUCAAUUUCUAACAAUUAUAUUGCAGUUAUUUAUCAUUACCCAGAAUAGUGUUAGUAGGAUUCUAAGGAACACCGCACCAAAGUUGUUCGAUGUGCGAAAUGAAAUAAAAAACAAAAA